AUGCCAAGCCGCCAGACAGCAGCCUGCAUCGCCGCCGCGGCGGCAGCCGGCCUUGUGGCACCUGCUUUCGUCCCGAUCCUAGGAGCACGUGGAGCAAGUGCCUCGCACCUGCGCGGAUCCGCUACUGCCGCCGGCACAGGCUGCGGCACAAGUGUCGCCACCAUCGCAGGCAGUGUUAUCGCCGUGGCCGCCCUCGCAGCUUCCCAACGGCCGGCACGCACUGCACAGAAGGCAGCUCGCCGCGAGCUGGCAGUGGCCUAUGAGGACUCUGGCAUCGACCUCUUGGACAACGGCAAGUUCGCACAGGGUUUGGUGGGUGCUGAAGGAGCCUGGGGCCGCUUCGAGUUCGACCCCCUCGGCUUCUCCACGAAGACUGAGGUGGUGCCUUACCUCCGCGAGGCCGAGCUGAAGCACGGGCGCCUGGCGAUGCUUGCAUGGGUCGGCAUGGUCGUUCCAGACUUUGUCCGCCUGCCGGGUGAGAAGUUUUCCUUCGAAGCCGUGCCAGUGUCUAUCGAUGCUCAUGAGGCCUUCCGCGGUGCCUCUGGUGUCAAUGCGCAGAUCUUGUUCUGGAUCAGCAUUGUGGAGCUCUGCUGUGCGAAGAAGGUCUUUGAGUGGAACUCUCUCGAGGUUGCAGGAGACUACGGCCUGACCAGCUGGUUCCCAAGCGACGAAGAAGGCCAAAAGAAGAUGAAUGGACGUCUGGCUAUGCUGGCUUUCGCCGGAGCCGUUACCCAGGCUGCCCUCACUCGCCACCCCUUCCCUUG